AGCACAGCACAAUUUUUUUUCCCGUUCCCUCGGGGUGCGUGGUCCGCCAACAGCUGCCAUAUUACUAUCGCGGGUACUUUUAUAUAGUUAACUUACAUUUAAGCCGGAAAAAGUCCCUAAUCUCCAUGACACAAGCAACAUACAGUUCGCAAAACCGCUUAAGCAUUACAAAACCCGCAGUGGACUGUACAAAUAUCGUGCAAUAUCUUGUCAACAAGAAAAAAGAAAGAAAACAGGUUUAUCAAUGGCCGAGCCACAAGGAAACGAAGUCCGGACUGGGGAAAUCAUCACGAUCGCCUUCGCAAUCAUCACAGCCGUUGCCGGCCUGCUCCAAUUAUUCCCGGACUGGAGGUUCUGGGAGCCCAAACUGCCCGCUGUACGUUAAUCUGAUCCGGCGCUAACCUUCUCAGACCCCCCUGUCCUUUCCUUACACAUCUCGUGCACAUAGACUAAUAGCUUCAUAGCUACGUACUAAAAAUCAAGAACUUCGGUGAUAGCUUACCCACUACAGAUCUUUAAAACUCUUGCGCUUGGGCUAUAGCUAAUACUCUAUUAUUAGUCCGGUUUUUGUCUUCAACUGCGUCGGUCAACUAAACAUUCAAAAUCUGGAGCAUGAGAUUGACCUAGAGCAGGGUCCAUAUCCACUCUGGGGGAGGAGAGAUAUAGAGAGGCGGGUCAUGGAAGGGUAGAAAGGGAGCUGAGUAAGGGACAGAUAUAGCGGGAUCCUAGCAUGGUUCAAACCUUUCAUUUAUCUUAAGACUCAUUUCUCACGCAUUUCACUCAUUUAAAAACCCCUAGUUUCACACCAUUUCAUGUUUCGGGGCACCGAUUAACAUGUAUCAUAGGGAACCUUUUCUGUUUGUUUCUGUUUUUGCCUUUGUUUUAUUUAACCAACAACCAUGGGAGACUCUUCUGUUCAA